UGACCGGCCGUCACCAGAGUGCUGUGGCAAAGGGUGUGAUCUCAGAGGCUUGAGUAAGUCCCUCGGUGGUGCGGAGAAGAUGAAGCAAAUCUACUUGCUGGUUUGUUGUCUUUCAUUCAUCCAAGCUGCCAGCACAAAUGAAGAUGAUAUAUCAUCCGAAGAGCUUAUUCCUCAACAACCUUUUGUGGCACAAGGGAAACGAUCUAUACUGGGAUAUCAGAAAGCACGUUCUCAAUCCGACUUUAUUGACCCCGAUAAAUUGGAAUCCGAUUUAAAGCGGUUGAGCCUCUAUGUCAUGUCGCGAACAACAACAACCCCUGUUAGAGUUGUGCCACCAAAGCCACACCUUGUGGUCCAGAGCUCGGAGAAAAACAAGAAAGAACCCCACGAAUCCAAGGAAGAGUCUGAUGAGCAGUCCGGCAAAGGUAGAAAAGAUAAAAAGCCCAAGAACAAAGGCCCUGGCAAAGAGGACUCGUCUGAAGAGGUCAAGCAAUCCCACGAAUCCAAGGAAGAGUCUGAUGAGCCAUCCGGCAAAGGUAGAAAAGAUAAAAAGCCCAAGAACAAAGGCCCUGGCAAAGAGGACUCGUCUGAAGAGGUCAAGCAAUCCCACGAAUCCAAGGAAGAGUCUGAUGAGCCAUCCGGCAAAGGUAGAAAAGAUAAAAAGCCCAAGAACAAAGGCCCUGGCAAAGGGCACUCAUCUGAAGAGUCCAAGCAAUCCCACGAAUCCAAGGAAGAAUCUGGUGAGUCGGCAAGCAAAGGCAGCAAGAAGAAAAUGAAGGACUCCAAUGAAUCUACCGGUACAGGCUCCAAGAACGAUCCAGCGAAAGAAGACAGCAGCUCUGAUAAAGAUGAUAAUGAUGUUGAUGCGGUUGAAGGAUCGGGACAUUACACUCCAGCUCCAGACGGCUUUGGUGAAUUUGAUGGUUCUGGCAGUGGUCACUAUGAUGGAUUGAGCACAGUUCGUCCGACAACAGAAGGAAGCGGUGAAGACGGGGGUUCUGGUGAUUUUUUCACAACACAUUCUCCUUCAAGAACUACAACAGCAACUCCCGUGGUGACACCACCGAUAAUAAUCCCUCCGAUACAGACCCCUGUCUGCAGUACCUGGGGACAAAAUCACUUCAAAACAUUUGAUGGGAAGUUUUUUGACCUCGGCAUUAGCUGCAACUACCUCUUCGCUUCGAACUGCAAGGACAACACGCCAAAUUUCAACGUUAUAAUUCGGCGAUCCGUGAACAACCCUCAAAUAAUUAGCAGCAUCAACAUAUCGAUCAUUGAUAUCAACAUUGAUUUGUCUGCAGAGGGGGCGGCUGUAAACAAAGAGAGACAAGAACUUCCUUUUAACCAGUAUGGAAUUCAAAUAAUAGCGCUGGGUGAUGACGUUAAAAUAGCAGCUACCAAUAUUGGCUUCAAACUUUUUUGGAACAAGAAAGAUUCUCUACUGCUACAAGUCACGGAGUCCUACAGAAACAAAACAUGCGGGCUGUGCGGAGACUACAACGGCGAUGCAGAAUAUCACGAAUUUAAAGGUGGAAUUCUCUCCGUGGCUGAAUAUGCACUGAAUAAUAAAUACUAUGAUCCAAUGGUGCAGUGCGACCAAGUAGAACAGCCGCCAACUCCUGAUGACUGCAGCAUGCACGAAUCUCUGUGCGAGUUAGUCCUGAACACGCCAGAGUUCGCUGACUGCCAUGCACGGCUUGACGUUCGCCCGUACAUCGGGGCAUGCAUCGUCGAUCAGUGCAGCUGCACAUCUGAUUGCCCAGACUUUGGCACAGUGGAGGAGUACUCCAGAGAGUGCAGGAGCAUCGGCGGGACACCUGGGAACUGGAGAAACACAACACCUGAGUGUCUUCCUGGGAAGAUCUACCAGGAGUGUGGCAUUCCAUGUCCCAACAGCUGCUCUCAGCCAAGCCUAAGCAACAUGUGCUUCGACGAAUGUGUGCCAGGCUGCUUCUGUCCAAGAGGAACAAUAUGGGAUGACUUGACUGGCAAGGGCUGCAUACCACUGGAAGAAUGUUCCUGUGUGUUUAACAAACACACCUAUAAUGCUGGUGAAAUACUGCACCAGGAUUGCCAGGACUGCGUCUGCCGCGGAGGAGUUUGGAACUGCGAGGAGCAGCCUUGUCCACGAACGUGUGCAUUGGAAGGAGGCUCACACAUCAAAACGUUUGAUCAAAAUCAUUUCACAUUCCACGGAGACUGCUACUACUUCAUGGCAAUGGACUGUAGAACACAUCUCUUCAAUCUGAUGGUCAAACUCAAACCCUGUGAAACCAAGAACACCUGUUUGAAGUCACUGGCCCUGAUUCUGGGGAGAAAUGACCUGAAAAUAAUGAUCUCCGAUUCCGGAGAGGUUUCUGUAAAUGAUGUUGAAGUCAAUCUGCCGUAUGAUUCCAACGCCAUCACAAUAUUUUAUCAAUCGUCAUUCUACAUCCAUCUGCACACGAGUAUCGGGGUGAAUUUGCUCGUUCAGCUUUCUCCAGUGAUGCAGGUGUAUCUCACACUGGAUCCUUCAUUCCAGACGGCCACCUGUGGUCUCUGUGGAGAUUACAAUGGCAUACAAUGCGACGACUUCAAGACGAGCAAUGGGUUGAUUGAAGGCACAGCCAUUUCUUUUGCAAACUCAUGGAAAGCCCAGAACACUUGCCCAUCCCCGACUGAGAGCACAGAGGAACCCUGCAUGCUCAGCCUAAACCACAAGCAAUAUGCUGAAGACAUGUGCUCAAAUAUGAAGACACCUGAUGGGCCCUUCUCUGCAUGCCAUGGGACGGUCAGCCCUGAAGCCUUCUACAAGAGAUGCCUCUACGACACGUGCAGCUGCCAGGAUAGCGAGGCGUGCCUGUGCGCUGCACUGUCCUCUUAUGCUCUGGCCUGUGCCUCCAAGCACGUUGUCCUGGAGGGAUGGAGGGAGCACUUGUGCGCAAAGUACACGGAGAACUGCCCUGGAAGCCAGGUGUACAGCUACAACGCUCUGCCCUGCGUGAACACCUGCCGAGUCCUGCAGGAGACGGGCUCGCAGUGCUUCUCGAACAGGGUGGCUGUGGACGGCUGCACCUGCCCCAAAGGAACCUACGACAGUGGCGGUGGCUUCUGCAUGGCCCCCGAGGAGUGCCCGUGCUACUACAGAGGAAAUGUCCUGCCUCUGGGGAACAGCGUUCAGCAGGGCAAGUACAUCUGUGAAUGCCGCGCUGGGACCAUGCUGUGCGCGAACCCACAGGGCCCAACACCGCAGCCGUGCCCACAUCCAAUGGUUUACUUUAACUGCAACCAAUCCACCGCCAACGCCAAUAGUUUCCCGUGCCAUCAGACGUGUUCACUGCAGGAGUGUUACAACCCAGAGUGCAACUCGGGCUGCGUGUGCCCCGAAGGGCUGGUGUACUCAGACGAUGGGACCUGUAUUCAACCUGAGGCUUGUCCCUGUGAGCACAAUGGUCAGAAAACGGCACCAGGAGAGAGCAUUGAGGUUGACUGCAACACCUGCACGUGCGUGAACAGGAAUUGGGAGUGCACCAACAAUACUUGUUUGAGCACAUGCUCUCUCUAUGGCCAAGGACAUUAUCGGACCUUUGAUGGACAGCGCUUUUUGUUUGAGGGAAGCUGUACGUACGUCAUUGCCCAGGACAACUGCCAAAAUCCUAACCACGAAGGGACAUUCAACAUCACGACAGAAAAUGUGCCCUGCGGUACCACUGGCACGACCUGUUCCCGCUCAAUAAAUGUGCAAGUCGGAAACUGGGUAAUCAAGCUUUUCCAGAAGAGCUACUCCAUUGACUUCCUGGGCUCUGGUCCAGAAACAAUAAAUCCAUUCCAGAUUAAGCACAGGGGUCUGUACCUUGUUGUUGAGACGAGCAAUCGCAUCACUCUGACAUGGGACAAGAACACAGGCGUAUAUGUCAGCUUGGGCCCAGAGUACAAGGGAACGGUGUGUGGGCUGUGCGGCAACUACGAUGGCCGGGCAGCAAACGACCUCACGACGCGCACCCACAUGGUGGUGGAGGACCCGCUGGAGUUCGGCAACAGCUGGAAGCUAAGCGGGCUGUGUGCCGAUGCCAAGGAAACCAGCAGCCCCUGCGCACUCAUGUCUCACCGCCUGCCCUGGGCACAGCAACGCUGUGGGAUCCUCAAGAGCGACACCUUCGCAUCAUGCCACGCAUUGGUUGACGUGCUGCCCUUCCACGAGGCUUGCGUGCACGACGCUUGCGGCUGUGACACGGGCGGCGACUGCGAGUGCCUCUGCAACGCCGUGGCCGUCUACGCCAAGGCCUGCAAUGAGGCCGGCCAGUGCAUCAAGUGGCGCACGCCCGACCUGUGCCCCCUAUUUUGCGAGUAUUACGACGCUCCGGACGACUGCACAUGGCACUACCGCCCUUGUGGCCAAAGCUGCCCCAAGACCUGCCGGGAUCCGCACGCGGAAUGUCGCGAGGGAGUGCUACGAUUCGAGGGAUGCUACCCGAGAUGCACGGAGUCCAAGCCUUACUUUGACGAGGACAACAUGCUGUGCGUGAGCUGGGACUCCUGCGGCUGCUUCGACAACAGAGGCCAACGAUACCAAUUGGACCAACCAGUGCCCAGCGAGCAUAAGUGUUACACUUGCACGUGCUCUGAAUCUGGAAUCUCUUGCCAUUACAAUCGAUCAGUCUGCUUUUGCACGCACAACGGAAUCAAGUAUGCAGUCGGGGCACAUAUUGACCUGGGAGAUGGCUGUAGCACCGCCAUCUGUGAAGACGAAGCAGAGAUUCUGUAUCACUAUGCCACCUGCCCGUCAUCCCCAAUCACCACCACGUCAUCCCCAAUCACCACCACGUCAUCCCCAAUCACCACCACCACCACCACAGUAACAACCACGACCCCUGUAAUAACAACCAGCAGUCUCACCACAACAAGCAGUAGCCCUACUACAACAUUUACCACCCCUCAACCAACAACCACCACUACCGUGAAACCUGUGAUAACAACCACUUCACCAUCAACGCCCCCAUCUGAUUGCAUAUACUUAAAUCCCCCCCGAAAGUAUCUGGAGACUUGGAAAGUUGAAUCCUGCACAAUCGCAACGUGCAGGGGCGGCAGUAACGUUGAGAUGGUGGCAGUCCCAUGUCCAAGACAAAUUAAGCCGCAAUGUGUGAAUGGUCACGAGCCAAAGCAGAUCCGUGACGAUGACGGCUGCUGCAUCCGUUACGAAUGUGAAUGCAUCUGCUCAGCGUGGGGUGACCCACACUACACGACAUUCGACGGCACGUACUACACCUUUACGGACGACUGCACGUACGUGCUGGUCGAACAGAUCGUUCCCGUGCUGCCAGACUUCCGUGUCACCGUGAACAACUUCAGGGACUGCAGCGGGGGUGGGCCAGCCUGUCCUCGGAGCAUCACGAUCACCUACAACGGCACCAAUGUCACCACGGAGACCGUGGAACGAAAAAAGCCCACGGUGACAUUUAACGGAGUUGGUGUCACUCCUGUGUACUCUGAAAAUGGAAUGACUGUGACAAGCUCUGGCAUAUCGACUCGGGUAGAUAUCCCAGAAAUCGAAGCUGUCAUCACGUUUGAGUACUUGCGAUUUUCUAUCACACUCCCAUACAAGAUCUUCUUCAACAACACCCAGGGGCAGUGUGGAACAUGCACCAACAACAGGCAGGACGAUUGCAGAAUGCGCAACGGAGUCGUCGACGCGUCUUGCAUAAAUAUGGCACAGGAUUGGAAAGUGCAAUAUCCUCCCUGCAAGACAAAGCCGAGCUCUUCACCUCCACCGGACGUUACCUGCCCUCCUCACCCACUCUGCAAUCUCAUCGGCAGCGACGUGUUUGCGGAAUGCAAGCGAGUGAUUGACCCACAACCGUUCAUGAUGGGAUGUCAGUUCGACUGGUGUGCAACACGCAAGGACGACAUUCCAUGCCAGAGCAUCCAGGCGUACGCCAGCCAGUGUCUUGACCGUGGCAUCUGCAUCCACUGGAGGAAUUUCACCAACAACCGCUGCUCCUACACGUGCCCCAAAGGGAAGGUGUACAAUGCUUGUGGGCCCUCAAUUCCACCCACUUGUGAUACAAGGUACAACAUGGAGCUUAAGGAUCUUAAUAGGAUGCAGGACGAGGGCUGCUAUUGUCCAGAGGGAACGAUACUCCACAACAGCCAGACGGGCAUCUGCACGGCUAGCUGCGGAUGUACCGGUCCAAAUGGAUAUCCGAAGCAGUACGGCGACAGGUGGAUCAGCAACUGCCUGGACUGCGCUUGCGACGAGCACAGCAGCUCUGUGGUUUGCGUCAACCACAGCUGCCCGCCGGCGCACAAACCGCCGUGCAAGGGACAGGGGAUGCACCUGGCGGAGGUGCAGGAUCCCAGCGACGCCUGCUGCACACGCCUGCAAUGCCAAUGCAACAGUAAUCUCUGCAUUAUUGAAGACAUCGUAUGUCCAGUGGGCUACAAGACAGUGGUGAAGAUGGAUAAGGAAGAUUGCUGUCCUCUGACUGAGUGUGUGCAAUUAAAUGUUUGCGUGCUUCACUCAUCAACCUACGAGGUUGGGGAGAGCAUGCCGUCUGCCGAUAAGUGCGAGACGUGCGUUUGUGGACACGGGAAGGACGUCACCAAAUUUCACAUUCCGGAGUGCACGCCCGUGCCCUGCAACACGCAGUGUGCGCUGGGCUAUGAAUAUGUGGAAAAUAGCGGAACGUGCUGUGGAACCUGCAACCAGACGAAAUGCAUUAUUAAUCUUCCUCAGCAGUCCAACAUCAUCCUGCAGCCUUCAGAAAGUUGGUCUCCAGACAACUGCACGAAGUACACGUGUGAACGUAUGUAUACCGGGAUUCUAAUGACGACUGUGGCAAGCAUCACGUGCCCAGACUUCGACCCCGACACAUGUAAAGAUGGUACAAUACGCCCGACUAAAGAUGGCUGCUGUAAAGAAUGUGAAGCAUCAAGUGGUGUUUGCAAAGCAAUCGUUUCCAACGAGACGAUCGAACGCGACGGCUGCAGGAGUAUGGAGCCGAUGCCGGUGAUCGUGUGUGAGGGGGCAUGCCCAACAUCUUCUGUCUACUCAUCUAAGACCAACUCGAUGAUGCACACGUGCAACUGCUGUCAGGAGGCGAACACGGAGCAUAGGGAUGUGACCCUGAUCUGCGGCGAUAACACUGAGAUUAAUAUUGCCUACCCAUUCGUGACAAAAUGCGCCUGCAAAGUCACCCGCUGCAGCCGCCCUUAGACCGCUGUGCAUGCAGCUUCCACGCGCCCAUUGGCAUACAACUGAUACAGAUUACCUGGUGUAUAUACGACUAGUCCAGCGGUUCUCAAUCUUUUUUGUAUAGCAACCCCCCCCCCCCCAAUUAAGGCCUCUGAUCCUUAUGUCCCCUGCCCAUCCAGUCUCCAUGACCCCCUCCCCCCAACCUGCCCAGGUUACUAAGGCCACAAUACACAGAUUGAUCACAUGUCACAAUACACAGAUUGAUCACAUGUCCAUGCCUCUUAGUCACCGUGGUGUUAAUGUAUAUUCAUGUUCUGUGGCUCGCAUGAGAAUAUUUUUUUCCUGCACGGUAUCCAUGCCGCAGGAUGCAAUUAUCUCCUUCUCUCCUCCGCCACGCCCCGUGGAAGGCCGGGGGGGGGGGGGGUCCAGCUCAUGGGUUGAGAACCACUGCACUAGACCAUGGGAAUAUGAUAGAUGCUGGAUUUAGAAGGCUUUGGAUUAUGUAGGUAGCUCAUAGGUGACAAAAUGACAAUGCACUCUCACUUUGGGGCCAACAAAAUUGUGCUUUACUUAACUUUUUUGGGGGGAAAUUCAUCGGAAAUAUUGCAUAAUAACAGGUGAUUUUAGUGUUUAAUUGCAUUGGGUAAUGAUACAUAAAUGGCGAUCUUAGAAGUGGAAAACAUAUUUUAAUUAUGCAAUUGAUAUUGGGAAUUGUGUGGAAAUUUAAUGGAAGUACUGUGUCAUGUGAAACGUUUCAAAGCGAUGCACAAAUAAAGGUGUCGAUUUAAGCAAUUAAA